UUCUCUGUUUUUCUCUGGUUCUCCCUCACAACGGGUCUUCGGUCUUUAGACGAUCUGCGAUCGAAAAUGAUUGCAGACGUCUAAUCGUUGUGUUUCUUGUGACAAGUAAACGUUGAAUCUCGUUUUGUACUUUUAUCCCUUAAUUCUACCAACUGCUAAUAUGUCUUAUGAAGGUGUAGCUUACGCAGUCCUGCUCGGCGUUGGGCUAGUGACGGCUCUGUGGUAUUUCUUUAUACCACCUAAUGAACACAGUUGUGAUCCACAAGACGCGCAGUAUACGGGGGCUCACGGACAGCCGUAUUCUAAACGUGAAAAGCGAAGAAGACAGAGUUCUGCAAACAGUUCUUUGGUGGAAUGUACAAUAUGCCUUGAAAGCAUCAGUUUCGAUCCUAUGGAGGCACAAUGUGGACACAGAUUUCAUCGAAAGUGCAUUAAUAACUGGCGGUCACUGGGCCCUUCAGGCUCCUGUUCGACGUGUCCAGUGUGUCGCAUGAACUUUUAAACCCCAGUUAAUUUUCCUUAUGGAAAUAUCACUGACGAGGAGGAAGUGUUCUGUGCGGUUUAUUUUAUGUUCAUGCAUAAGUGUGAAAACUAAGUCGAUAAGCUGAAAUUCUAAUCUGAGUUUUUACAAACGUCUUUCAUUUAUGUCAGACGUUCAAGAUUGAAGUCGUUUCGAUUGACCGAUAGCUUUAAGCAUACUGAGAUUACAAAGUCUACCAUAUUUUACUAUGACUAUUUUUUAAGUUCAGCAGUUAGUAAUUCGAUUUCUCAGCACCAAAAAGUAGUUUUCUAUGCAUAAAUUCUUUUCGAAGGAUGCGGAAUAACACGACUGUAAAUCAUGAAAAGUAUUCUUCAUCCUUUGAGAUUUUGUAAAAUAGCUCUUUCGGUUUGUUUCUCAAAAACGAAAAAUGUGCAUUGUGAUAUGGAAAUCAAAAAUAUAUUGUAAAUACAUGCACAUAGUAGGGUGGCAACUAAAAUAAUAUUUGUUAUCAAAUGAAAAUAUCAACUUAGGUACAGCGGUUAGAUUAAACUAUUCGAAAGUUGUAAUACUAUUGUGUUCAACGAAUUAACAAUGAUAUUGAAGUGAGCUCGGCAAUAACUUCUGAUGUUUUUUACUAUAUUAAAAAUCGUCUAACUGGAUAAAUAGAAUUUUGAUUGAAACAAAA